CAUGAUUUGUAAGGAUUUUGUUAGGUUAUAUCUCAAGUGCAGCCGGAUAAUUGAAAUUUAUAUCAGCCAUGCAAUUACUUGAAGUAAAGUAAUAGCAAAUAGCAAAUUUCGCCUAAUGAACAUGUACACUUAAUACCGAACAAAAUGCUGACCACGAAAUUGAACUUAGCAUUUUCGAAGGGUACAGUCAAUAACGCACAUUUGAGUAUCCUUGCCGGUAAAUUGAAUCUUAACCUAUUGGAAAGAAAAUCUUAUUUUUGUGUCAGUCAAGCGUUCAUUCAUAAUUCACAUCUUACUUUCAAUGAGAGGUUCGGUGAAUCUUGGAGUAAGUGUACCUCCACUACGACUUCGAAUAAUUUAUCUGCCAUUCGUAAAGCUAAGCAAGCUUUGAUGCAUCCGAUAUCAUCAAGAGCAUUCGCUUCGGAAAAUUUGCAAGAAAACGCUGACACGUUUGGAACCUUAGGCGAUAGGAGGUAUGAAAAAGUUGAGUUGGACUGGGGUGAUAAAAAGGAGGAAGAAUUCAUACGAAAUGAAACAAAACCACCACGUCGUUCAGUUCUAACUCCUGGAAAUUACGCCGAUUUGAUAAAGAAGCAUAUCGGUUCAGAGGAUUUGGAUAAUGCUGUAAAAGUCUUGGACCGAGUGAAGGAUGAGCGUAACAAGCCAACAAAUUACAUGUAUAAUUUAUUAAUAAGGGCAUUUGCUAUGCGAGGAAAUGUGAAAAAAUGUUUCAGCUUGUAUAAUAAUAUGAAAAAACAGACGUUGAAACCGACUCUAGCCACCUAUGUCAGCUUGCUGAAUUCAUGUGCCAAUUGCACAAACAGUGAACUGGCCUUGGAGAAAUUGACUCAUUUGAGGCAAAUAUUGAUUGAAAAAGGAAUCGAAAUGAAUCCAGUGCACUAUAAUGCCAUGGUAAAGGCCUAUGGUCGUCAUGGAAAGAUUCUCGAAGCAUUUCAACUAGUCGAUGAAAUGCAUGAUAAGAAAAUUACAAUUGGUAUCAGCACAUGUAAUUUCCUUUUACAAGCUUCAAUUACAGACAAAGAAGCUGGUUUUCGACAUGCUCUUAUUGUUUGGCAUCUUGUGCGUCAUCGUAAAUUAAAACCAGACAUAUAUACCUACAAUCUUUUACUCAGAUCAGCUAGGGACUGCAAACUUGGAAACUUAAAAGUUGAAGAUUUGGUUGCAUUUCCAGAGACAAAGAAAAGUGAGCCAGCAAUGAUUGCCUAUGUGGAUAGAACAAAUUUAUUGGCUCAUCCGCCCCAAGUUGGUCAGCUCAUACCACUUAUUGAUGACUCAAACAAUACUGAGUUACUUGCCGAUAUUGAAACUAAAUUGACUCCUGAAUCAGCCAUUGCAAAAACAAAUGAUCCGCUACCAUUGACUAAUAUACAAAGUUCUUCUUCACAAAUGAAUUUACUCCUAAUGGGUGGUAUUGGAAAUUUUAUUAGUCAAAUGGAAAAUGAUAAAGUCAAGGCAGACAUAAAAACUAUAACAUAUCUCAUGGAGCUCGUUCCUGGCAGCGAGUUAGCCGAGAAGAGUGUCAUCAAUUAUGCAAAGUCUGUUGGAGUAGAACUGGAUGUUGACUUUUACAAUUUACUGAUUAAAAAAAAAAGCUUCCGAUUUGACUAUCAAAAUGCCCUGAAAGUCUUAUCGAUGAUGGAGCAGGACAAUCUUCAACCAAAUAUAAUGACGUGGGGCGUACUGGCCUUAACUUGCACCACGCCUGCACAAGUCAGAGAAUUAUUUGAGGGUAUGGAAUUAAGCGGGCACAGGUUAAAUGUACAAAUUAUGGGAGCUAUUCUCAGGCAAGCAGCUCAGCGCCUACAAUUUAGUCUGAUCAUAGAACUAAUGCAAAAAAUGCAGUCUGAGAAAAUAACCCCCAGUCCCGAAAUAUAUAAGACCUUAGAUUUACUGAACAAGAAAGCAGCUGAAAUAAUCAGAACCAAGGAGGAUGACAAUAAUGUAAAGAAAUCAUUAAAGAGGGAAUACGAAAACUUUAAACGUGUGUAUUCUCAAUGGCUAAAGGAAAUGAAGGAAUCUUCACCAGAUAAGAAAAAGAAAGUUUUUGAUUUUACUUCUCAUUAAACAGUAAAACAAAUGUGCUGGAAA